AUGGGAACUGUUCAUGGUGAUAUUUUGGUUCUUCCAUUUUUUGGUCAGGGUCAUCUUUUUCCAUGCAUAGAGCUAUGCAAACGUCUUUCUUCUUACAAUUACAAACUUAUUCUCAUUAUCCCUUCUCAUCUCUCCUCCUCCGUACCUUCCUCUCUAAACCAGAACCACUCUUUAGUUGAAGUGCUCGAAAUCCCAGCUUCAUAUUCGCCUUUACCGCCUCCGCCGGGGUUGAGAUUAGCACCACCACAUCCACCACCAAAUGUUUCUGAACUAGAAGGGUCUGCACCGGGACCCAGAAAUGGACAUGGAUCUAGGCCAACUAACAAUCAUCAUCAAGAAUUGGGCGAAGGAAUUGAGUCCUUUAUCAAUGACAGGUACAAGAAUACUGGUCAGACCCGACCCUUAUGUGUAGUAAUUGACGUGAUGAUGAGCUGGAGCAAGGAAUUAUUCAAAAAAAUGGAGAUACCUACAGUGUCAUUUUUCACGUCUGGUGCAUGUUCUCCUGCUAUGGAGUGGGCUGCAUGGAAAGCCCAUGUUGAUGAUGUCAAACCGGGUGAGACCCGGGUGUUGCCCGGGUUACCUGAAAGCAUGGCCUUGAGUUAUUCGGAUCUUAAAAGAAAGGCUCCACCACCUUCGCGGUUCCCAAAAAAUGGUCCGGUUGGACCGCCAAGUCGAAUGAACUUUGGCCCUCCUGGACCUGAACAACCACCGAGGUGGCUAGAAGACGUGGACGGUUCGACCGCCUUGUUAAUCAACACGUGUGAUGAUUUGGAGCAGCCGUUUCUUGAAUAUAUAUCUAGUCGAAUUGGAAAAACAGUUUUGGGUGUGGGUCCGUUGUUGCCCGACAAGUAUUGGAAAUCAGUUGAGUCUAAUUCAGUUCUUCAAGAUGGUAGAUCAGAUCGAAAAUCGAAUUACACGGAAGAUGAUGUAGUUCAGUGGUUGGAUUCAAAGCCAAGUCAGUCUGUCAUUUAUGUGUCAUUUGGUAGUGAAGUUGGUCCUACUCUAGAAGAAUACGCUGAAUUAGCGGAAGCAGUAGGAGAGUUGAAUAGGCCAUUCAUAUGGGUAAUUCAACCCGGUUCAGGAAGCCAAGGUCCACCACCCGGGCUUUUUGGUGUGAAACCCGGUUCAGAUAAAGAUGAAGGGUACUACCCACAUUGGUUGAAAGAAAAAGUUGGGGAUAGAGGACUUAUUAUAAAAGGAUGGGCCCCACAAUUAUUGAUUUUGAGCCACCCAUCAACUGGAGGUUUUUUAUCACAUUGUGGAUGGAAUUCUACUGUGGAAGCAAUUGGGCUUGGAGUCCCAAUUUUGGCAUGGCCAAUUAGGGGUGACCAAUUUAAUGAUGCAAAAUUGGUGAUGAGUCAUUUGAAAGUGGGCCAUAUGGUUUCAGCAGGGGGUGAUUUUUCAGAGAUGGUCAAAAGGGAUGACAUAAUGCGACAAAUUGAGAAAUUGAUGGGUGAUGAAGAGGUUCACAAUAGAGCAAUGGGGUUUAGGCACAUAUUUGGAAAUGGUUAUCCAUCGACAUCAAUGGCUUCUUUGAAAGCAUUUCUUGAUCUUAUAUCUCAGUAG